AACAUAUCGAUAGACGUAGCACUAAUACCAAAAGGAAAAAUUAAAGGUAAACAAAACCAAACCUUUUAUAAAAACCAAAGGAAACCUUGAGAUAUGAGCAAUAGCGAGGACUCGCAGCAGUAUCUAAAUGACAUGCUGGUCAAGGAGGAGGACGAGGCUUCCGGUGACGAAUCGGAUAAACAGGAUGGAGGGAUUAUGCUACGCGAACAGGACCGCUUCCUACCCAUCUGCAACAUCAUAAAAAUCAUGAAGGUACCGGUGCCGCAAAAUGGCAAAAUCGCUAAAGAUGCACGCGAAUGCAUCCAAGAGUGUGUUUCCGAAUUCAUAUCCUUCAUCAGUAGCGAAGCCAUUGAACGCAGCGUAGCCGAGAAUCGAAAGACGGUCAAUGGGGACGACCUACUGGUAGCUUUUAGCAAUCUGGGAUUCGACAACUAUGUAGAACCGCUGUCUAUUUACCUCCAAAAAUACCGAGAAUCGAACAAAUCGGAUCGCAAUCUUUUCCUAGACGCCAGCUAUCCCCACAACGAAGAUGGAUCAUCCGCAAACGAGGCAGGAAAAUAGUAGCACCUAUCCCACUCACCUUGGUAUUUAAGGUUAGAUAGG